AUGAAGUUCACUACCCUCGCCACGACCAUCCUCUCUAUCGCCCUUGGGGCCGAUAUUGCUUCAGCCGCUUGUUGCGAUCUCAAAGUCUGUGAUGGCUUCAACCUCAAGGGCAGGUGCAAGACUGCUUGCUACCCCUACACCAACACGCCAGUCGCUAUCAAUGGAGACGGAUUGAAGGGGCCUAUCGCUUCUGGCAAGACUGACACAGAUUGUCACUCGGAUCCUGCAUGCUCGUCGACUCCAACAAGAAGGGCACCAAUGCUCCUAACCAUUGCCUUACUGGCAUUGCAUUUGCUCAAUGUCAACGUGGAUAAGCUAUAG